AAGAAUUAAUUAACCCUUUAAAUAGUCGAUCCAAGAGACCGCCGAGACCACCAAAUGGAUUCUUGCUAUGUAGAAAAAAUGUUCAUAAGGAGGCAAGGUUGAAAGGGUUUUGUAACAUGCGUGUGAUCAGCAAAGUUACCGGCAUGUUAUGGAGGAGCGCAACUCAAGAGGAAAAAGAAUCGUAUGAAAAACUUUCAGUUCAAGUCAAUCAGCUUCAUUCUCAAAGGUACCCGGGAUAUAAAUACCGUCCAACAAUCCGUCCAAGACUUCAGGCCAUAAGACCUUAUGUCGCUCCACCAAUCAAUCCCGAAGUCUUGACAGCUUUACCAACCCAAAUCAUCAAUAAUAAUCAGCAACCGGUUGCUUACCCAAUGUAUUAUCCGGAUGUCGUUGAAUUUCAAUUCCCUCAAUUUACUCAAGAGGAGCUCGCUUUACUUUCAUGUUAUUUAUUUUAA